AUUGAUGAGGUGGUAAUGAUAAAUCCUGAGUUAUCAGAAGAACUACCUGCUGCAGACGUGAAAGAGAACCUUCCUUUGCAAGAGAAUGUAACUGUACCAAAACAGAAGCGUAGAACAACCCUUUCAAAAAUUCCUGCUCCACGGGAAGCUGUUCGUGGCCGCUCCAGGAUGUCUGUUAUCACAGAAUCUCAGUGCAGCCUCCAGGAAAACAAGAUGGGGGUGGAUCCCUGCACUUCUACACAAACCAGAAACAAUUUGUCAGUUCCUGUUCGGAGAAGAUCUAACAUUGUGAAAGAGAUGGAGAAAAUGAAGAACAAGAGAGAAGAAAAAAGAGCUCAAAUUAGUGAAAUCAGGACCAAACGUGCACAGGAAUUUGACAGCAGCUGUCCAAAUUGGGAGUUUGCAAAGAUGAUCAAGGAAUUCAGAGCAACUUUAGACUGCCAGCCAAUAUCUAUAACUGACCCAAUAGAAGAACAUAGGAUUUGUGUCUGUGUGAGGAAGCGCCCUCUCAAUAAACAAGAACUUCUAAAAAAGGAAUGUGAUGUGAUUACUGUUCCAAGCAAGUGUGUCCUGCUGGUGCAUGAGCCAAAGCAGAAAGUGGACCUAACAAAAUACCUUGAAACCCAAGCGUUUAGAUUUGACUUCUCAUUUGAUGAAUUCUCUUCGAAUGAGAUGGUGUACAGGUUCACUGCUAGACCUCUUGUAGAGACCAUCUUUGAGGGCGGGAAGGCGACAUGCUUUGCGUAUGGCCAGACAGGCAGUGGCAAGACACAUACUAUGGGUGGAGACUUCUCUGGGAGAGCACAAAAUGCCUCAAAGGGCAUAUAUGCUUUUGCAUCACAAGAUGUCUUCCUCCUCCUCAACCAGCCCAGGUACAGAAAUCAGAACCUGGAAGUCUAUGUGACUUUCUUUGAAAUAUACAAUGGAAAGGUGUUUGAUCUCUUGAAUAAGAAGUCAAAGCUUCGAGUCCUGGAGGAUGGCAAGCAGCAGGUCCAGGUCGUUGGCCUCCAAGAGAGACAGGUUGGCUGUGCUGAAGAUGUCAUCAGGAUGAUCGAGAUGGGCAGUGCCUGCAGGACAUCUGGGCAGACUUUUGCAAAUGCUAGCUCUUCACGGUCACAUGCUUGCUUCCAAAUCAUACUGCGCCGAAGAGGGAAACUGCUUGGCAAAUUUUCCUUGGUGGAUCUGGCAGGAAACGAGAGGGGUGCAGACACAUCUAGUGCUGAUCGCCAGACACGAAUGGAAGGUGCAGAAAUCAAUAAGAGCUUGCUGGCAUUGAAGGAAUGUAUCCGAGCUUUAGGGCAGAACAAAUCUCAUACCCCUUUCCGGGAGAGCAAGCUGACCCAGGUGCUAAGAGACUCUUUCAUCGGAACAAACUCAAGGACCUGCAUGAUAGCAAUGAUUUCUCCAGGCAUGAGUUCGUGUGAGUACACCUUAAACACACUGAGAUACGCUGACAGAGUGAAAGAGCUCAGCCCUCAUAAUGGAGGUGGUGAAACACAGAAUCAGAUGGAGACUGAGGAAAUGGAGACCAGCGGAGAAGGCUCAGGCUGUUUCUUGCAGCUCUCCAAGGAUGAGGAAGAAGAUAUCUCUCCCCACAUGUUUAACUUUCGUGAGGCUAUGACUCAAAUUAGUGAAUGGGAGGAGAAGGUUGUAGAACAGCUUAGAGAACUACGACAGACAAUGAUGACUGAACUUGGCUACCUCUUGGGAAUCACAGAGCAACCAGACUAUGAUCUUGAGACUUUUGUGAGCAGAGCUCAGCACUUUGUAGAGGAGAGCUCAAGAAACUUCCUUGGCGUCAGAGAAACACUGGAUGCCCUGCAGGCUGCCCUGCAACUGGAGGAGCAAGCCAGCAAGCAGAUGAGCUGGCAGAGACCGUAG